GCGACCGAGCCGCUCCUGCACCGGAGAGGGGCUGGGACCCAGCCGCUCCUGCGCCGAAGAAGGGGUCGGGACCGAGCCGCUCCUGAAUCGGAGAGCGUCUGGAACGGGGGUUGGGAUCGGGCGGCCGCCGCCGCACGGGAGAGCCCCACGCCCCGCCGUUCGGCACAGGGCAGCCCCGCCGGGGGAGCCCUGACCGCCGCUCGGCACCGGCACAGCCGCAGAGGGACCCGAGUCCUGCCCCGAGAGGGACCGCGGGAGGGAGGGCAGGAGCCAGCGGAGCCCGGUGCGGCGCCGCCGGGCAGCGGGAGCCGCGUCCCGCCCGUGACCCGCCGGCAGCGGCGGCCGGUGCCGCUGUGCUGGUCCGCGCCCCGGAGCCGCCAUGGCCUCACAGAACGCCGACCCCGCCGCCGUGUCCAGCGCAGCCGCCCGCAAAGCGGCCGAGACCGGGGCCACGGCGGCCCGCGGCGCGGUGGGGAAGAGGCUGCAGCAAGAGCUGAUGGCGUUGAUGAUGUCCGGUGACAAAGGCAUUUCUGCCUUCCCCGAGUCCGACAACCUCUUCAAGUGGAUCGGGACCAUUGACGGCGCCGCCGGGACGGCCUACGAGGAGCUGCGGUACAAGCUGUCGCUGGAGUUCCCCAGUGGGUACCCCUACACAGCCCCCACCGUGCGGUUCCUGACCCCCUGCUACCACCCCAACGUCGACACCCAGGGCAACAUCUGCCUCGACAUCCUCAAGGAGAAGUGGUCAGCGCUGUAUGAUGUCCGCACCAUCCUGCUCUCCAUACAGAGCCUGCUGGCAGAGCCAAAUAUCGAGAGCCCUCUGAACACACAUGCAGCUGAGCUCUGGAAGAACCAAGUCGCCUACAAGAAAUAUGUGCGGGAGACGUACAACAAGCAGACCAAGAGCCAGGAGACCUGACCGCCACCACCACCCCUCAGCACACCCCGUUCUCCCUCCUCCCUCCCGGCUGUCCCCCGUGUUCUGUAUCAUAGGCUGUUUUUAAGUUAAUGUCGCAGUCCGAGCCACGGUUAAUGUAUAAAUAAAUGCAGGUUUAUAACUUC